AUGGAGCAGUUCGCCCUGGCCAAUAUCCCCGUCGAGACACAGCUUCUCCUCACCUGCUGCCGAGAAGCUGAUCAAGCCGAAAUAGUCGCUUGCGGCCUUGAUCAGCUUCGCGCGGCGCUCACGGAAUCGUUUCAUAGCCAUCUCAUAGCUCUUGCGGAAGAGAUACGGAGCUCCAGCAGACUCUUGCGCAGCCUUGCAGACCACUCUCAAAUGCACUUCGGCCGUGUUCCUUUCAUCGCUGUCUACCUCAAUGUGGUGCUCCCUUGUCUGUCCCGGACUCUAAAAGACAUCACCGGGUUUUACGAGGACAAGGCCAUGACUAGGGAAAUAAGAUGGCGGAAGAUGUAUAACAGCAUGACUGAGGAGGCUGCCGGCCUUCCCCUCCCACAGCGCUUUGUCCUCUAUAACUACUUCCUCUCGCUUCUGAAGCAGCUGCUCACUAGAUCCCCAAGCUUCGAUCUCAACACCCUUGAGGCGCUCCGGUCACGCAUCAUAACGCUCCGUGAGCAGAGAGGAAUCUCUCCCUCCGCGCCACAGAGCGGUGCUCUUGUCCGGCAGGAGACAACGGCUUUAGCAGUAACAUACGAUCACAAUUCGCAUUGGGCGGAACAAAUAUUUUCUCUUCCACUCCCAUCACGGACGACAUUGAAGCAUCUGAAACCGUCAAGAUCACAUGGCCCGUUUUACCCAUGGGGGCACAUCACAAUUCCGCAGAAUUCAACAAUACUCUUUAGGCGGUCCUUUGACAACGAGACCAUCUCCGUUGUUGUAUUCUUGAGCUCCGAAGACGAAUGCCCAUACUUGAUGGUGAGGACCGUCCAGCAAAGCACUCCAUGGUUCUCCAUGUUUGGUGCCCACGAACUUUGUAUUGAGCGCGAAGGAAGUGCUCUGCAGCUGAAGAGGUGGAGCAAAUCAGAGAAAUGUAGCAAACUUUGGGUGGCCCUAUAUUUUCUCACAUGGGAAGAAAUGGUUCUUUUCUAUUGCACGUUUGUUGCUCUGAAAGCCCGGGAUCUGUUAACCGUCCAGAUCCAUCCAAAUGAGUUCCAGCUCAACCGGGAAAAACGGUUGUUCCAGGCACAAAUCAUCGACGACAGCUUCAAGCAUUCGCUCAUUGUAUAUGAGGAUAUGCAAACCAAAGGCCUACGCCUCCACGCAGCUGUGUGGGAGGGCGAGCUGCGGCAGUGUCCCGUGUGGACGGCAUUUGUCACGGACCAAAGUCAAUCUCCAGCAUGGCUCAGCCGGCGUUCGCGGCGGCGUGUCUGGCUCAAGGAUAUCCAACUCUACGUCUUCUGUCAGGGGUAUCGGCAAGAAAAUAUGCGACAGAAUAAGUCACGCGCGUUCGAGAUAUGGUUUGACCGAGAGGAAGCGGCCAAGAGAUUCAAGGAGCUCUUCACAUUGAGAUUAGCGGCGUCGGAAACUUCGGACAACGAGCCAUCAUCUGCCACCUCUGCAUGA